UCCAUUCGCAUUUAUAAACUGUUAGGCCUAAGGUUAGCUAAAGGGAAAUAUCUAUUCAGAGUUCCCUUCCACCAUAACCAAAAAAUUGAGGACGAAGUAAGAGAGAUGGAAGUCUUUGGGAAUAUUAAUUAAUUGAACUCCUUUGUCCUCCCUCGUUCUCUGUCUCUCUCACCAUGUCUGCAGAACUGAUGGCAGCUUAACUCGAAUGAUGUGAACAACUGAGGGACGCUUUUUCCCUACAGACGACCGAGUACAGCACAUCUUGUCUUCAGGGGAUGAACCCUGUGCUGGCUUUUCAAUCGUCUCUCUCUCGGUCUCAGAAAACUAUAACUUCAACAAAUGGACCUAAAAGAAUAAGGGACAAUGAGAAAAAGGAAGCACAGUUAUCUUCACUCGUCUUUGUCAAUCUUUAUGACCCAUGUUUCUUCUUCUUUUGGCUUGCUCAAGUUCUGGAAUCCAUUAAGCAGAAUUCAAAUGCAUUAGAACAAAUCAUGAAUAUAUUAACGGAGGCAUAUUUUCAAGCUAAGAGAGCCCAUAAACUAUUGGUUUGGUCAGUAAGAUAUGGAGCCAAAGAAAUUUUAAGUAUGGAAUGUUUCCAACUAUCAACGGUUGGAAGGAUCAUUGUAAGAUUCGAUUAAAUAGCCCAUUACAUGCAUGCACAGACAGGGUGCGGAGAUACGCAAAACUUAUCCCAAAUCCAGCUGCAGAGCACAGCUGCAGCAUGCCCAGCUAUAAAGGAAAGUCUAUUUGACCAUGGAACUAAAAUUGUACACGGGUUUUCCCAAACCCCUGCAAUCCAAGAUCUAAGAUAACUUUUAUAGCUGAAAAGUGAGCAAAGCAGCCAUUGGAAACACAAAGGCAAGAAAUUGCUGCUUCCAUCAAGAGAAAAUCUGGACAGAUGAUGGUGUUAGUGGGGGAGGGCUUAGCUCAUCUUACGUCAUUUUUCACCAAAUGUGAUUUCCAGCAAAGCUCAACUUACAGAAGAGAAGCAAUAUGUUGUCUAAAACAAUGAAUGGUUGACAUGACUGAAACAGGAAGGAUUUAUGAAGCCUUUCUUUUUUCCCUUCCUUUCAGUCUGGGCAAACUGGUGUAUAUUUUACAAUAUCCAUUAAUGCUUUACUAUUACUAUGGAGAACCAAAAUUUAAGUGGGAUCGCACUUUGCCCGAGAAGCUGAUCCCCAUCCCUCUUUCAUAUCUUAUCUUUUCCACUCUCAACUUGUGGGGUCUUCACUUCGAGUUCUUCGAAAGAUCACUGAUCAAGAACCAUCCUCUCUCUCUCUGAACAGAGCAAGAGAGAGACUUCCUGUCUGACCUUAGAAGCGAUAACUCUACUUUGUAUAGCUUUUAUAUCAUCAGAUGCAUGUUCGUACAGUUUCGUAUCAAGACACAAAUACUAUAAAGUAAAAAAGAAGGGUUCAACUACAGCACGACAAAGCGCGGCAACCAACUUAUACAGCAGCGCUUAGCUUAAGAAAUAUACUACAACACUUUGGCUCAGCUCACCAUCUCUUAGCUACCUGUCAUGUCAACCAUUUAAUGACACUGCCUCUUUUUCUAUUCUACUGCUAUAUAACCCUUUCUUUCACUUCUGUUUAACCAUCCAACCAACUAUACACUUCUCCAUCCCAGAUAGAUAUAUGCAACUUCUUUUCCCCCCAUCAUCUACUUUUCAUUUCCUUGGAAGACAAUGAAGGGGAAGACUCUAAGGGCAUGCCUUAGCAAAUGGAGGAAGAUGGGGAGUAGAGUCAUACCUUGUGGCAGUUGCGAGUACUGCUAUCAGUGGGCAAAGUGGCCUUCCAUGCACCAAGAGAGCUCAAUCCCUAGGGAUGUGCCCAAGGGUCACUUGGUAGUGUAUGUUGGUGAAAACUAUAAGAGGUUUGUAAUUAAAAUCACCUUGCUCAAGCACCCACUUUUCAAGGCAUUGCUGGAUCAAGCUCAAGAUGAAUAUGAUUUUACCACUGACUCCAAACUCUGUAUUCCUUGUGAUGAAAGCCUGUUCCUUGAUGUUGUUCGUUGUGCUAGCUCUCCCGAAGUUGGGAAGCUCUCCCAUUGUCUUUAGGAAUUCAUGCUAGAAAUAUGAUUGAUUCACGAGGUUCCAGUCCUAGUGAGAACGCUAAUAUGUACUAUACUGAGAAGACAUUUGUAACAUAAAUUCUGUAGCUUAUAAAUGUAAUUCAAUUGAAAAAUGUUUUAACUUC